ACUGUGGAGACAUGCACGGAGAUGCCCUUUAAAAUCUAUAGCCCACAGAGAGAGCUCACAUGAUGCAUUUAAAGACAGAAGAAAAGUUUUGGGUGUGGCAACCUCUCAAUCAACCCUGUCCCAACCCAUAUCUGAUGGUGUGUGGAAGAUAUUGUCGAAAAUGCAUCAGGAUGAUGUGUCACUUGCAGUGAGAAAUGACCAUUACAUACUGCAACUUGCUCAGUCAUUAUUUAAUAAACAUGGCCAUGACCCAUCUAAACAUGAAUACAUUCGCCAAAAAAUAAGAGAACUUGGUCGAUUAAUUGUCACCCUUCAUAAUACUACGAACAUUCAUAACCUGGAAGAAGCCAUACAGCCCCGGAACUUCAUCACACUCACCAAUGCAGUAAAGGAUGUAGCAGGAUUUGAUGGUGAAAACAACAGCUACAAGUCUCCAAGCCUUGCUUUAAAAAUUGGUCAUUCUCUGAGAAAGGUCAGUGACCUCAUACAGUGUCGAGCACUCAUGACGGAUGAUCAGGAGGGCAUCAGAUCUGUCGAAAUGUUCCAAAAACUGUAUGAAGCCAAAUGGUCAGAGUUCGUCUCCCAUUCUGCUUUGUCAAAUCUAAGUGAAGCAAAAUACAAUAAAGCUUCCUCUCUGCCACUAACUAGAGACAUACAAAAGCUCCAUCAAUUCUUAGAUCAGGAGGCAGAAUCAGCACUGAAGGUUCUAAAAGGGACAUCAUGUGCUACAAAUUAUGCUAAACUGUCUAGAUUGACUCUUUGUCAAGUCAUUCUUUUUAACAGGAGACGGGCAGGCGAAGUGUCAAAGAUGACUGUUAAAAAUUACCAGGACCGCAAGACUUCAAAGUUAAGUGAUGUGAACUUUGGCCUGUCUGAGAUGGAAAAAAAACUUUCUGAGCAUUUUGCCAGAGUUGAGUUAAGAGGCAAAAGAGAUCGAAAGGUUGCUGUUCUUCUCACUCCCAAAAUGACCACUGCCCUUUCACUUCUUGUAAGCAAAAGACAGGAAUGUGGUGUGGAGGACUCAAACACCUACCUUUUUGGAAUUCCUCGAUGUCAGAGCCACUACAGGGGUCAAGACUGCCUUAGAUCCUAUGCAGAUUUGUGCGGUGCAGAAAACCCAGCAUACUUGAGGUCUACAAACCUAAGAAAACAUGUUGCUACGAUCAGCCAGGUGAUGAACCUAAAAGAUAAUGAGUUGGACCAACUUGCUGAUUUUCUUGGGCAUGAUAUACGAGUGCACAGGGAAUUUUAUCGCCUGCCAGAGUCCACAAUUCAGGUGGCAAAAAUUUCUAAACUGCUUUUGGCUAUGGAAAAGGGAAGUCUGUCCAACAUCCAGGGAAAGUCCCUUGACCAGAUUGAUGAUGAAGUGGAUAUGAGCAAUGCCAGCAAGGAAGGAGUUGAGGCAGACAUUUUUACCACUUGGCAAACUGAGGGAGAAGGUGGAAACAUUGGUGCAGGCAGCAGUGUGGCUUCUUCUGGAAAUACUGCGCAAAGAGGAAGAAAGACGGCUUAUGUGAAGCAACCAUGGAGCAGUCUGGAAACUAAGGCUGUCAUGAAGCACUUUGGGCAGCACAUAAAGAAAGGAAAGUUAGCUACCUUGACAGAGUGCGAAGCAUGCAAAGAAGCAGAAAACCCCAUUCUGGAGAAACGGACAUUACAAAAUAUUAGAGACUUUGUGCGAAACAGGGGAAUAUCUCACAAGCGCCUUUUACUUUCAGUAGAUAGAUAA